AUGCUGAUAUUUAGCGGACAAGAUUUGCAAAGCAUGGAACUGCCUGCCGAGAAGCCGUCGAUCAAGGCAGAGAAGGGUUGGUACGCAUCAGGCGAUUCUCUCAGAGCACAGUGUUCUUCGCCACCCGCCGACCCGCCGGCCAAUCUCACGUGGCUAUUGAAUGGACGAGACAUCCAUGGCAAACCCAUCAUACAACAGAGAAUCCUUCCAAGUCCAGCAGUGGCGAUUGAUGCGCCACAUCUGCUGGACCACCGUACACCGCCACCUGGUGACGAAAAUAGCAACAUCAUAUUCAGACCGUGGAAAGCAUUUGGACCAUUCGUCGAUACAAUACAGGAUGGUGAACUACUGCCUAGUCAGGAUACUGUGCUGUUUCCUAAACCACGACAAAACGACGGUGUCUUAGAAGAUGACGUCACGGACCCCAUGCCUACUGUGGAGUCAUCGAAAAAGGUAGCCUCCAUAAGCCAACUGUCCUUCAUGGUGCGGCCGGACAGCUUCGAGCGCGGGCAGCUUCGUCUCACGUGCAUAUCGACAGUGCACUCGCUGUACAGCGAACAGGCGGAGCUGGUCAUCAACGAGGAGCGGCCUCAGAUCGCCUCCGUCCUCGGCACCCGCGAUCGGGCUGGUGCGUACUGCUCAUACAAUAGCUUC